AAUGCUGAUGACCACAGGCCUCUGAGCCCAGCGUCUUCUUUCCAGGCCACAAUUCUCCAAAAAGACAAUUUGACAGGAUGUUGAACUGGACCUCACAGAACAACUCAUGGAAAGUAAGAAUCUCUGACACACACCAACGUCACUGGAGAGGGAAUGGGCUGAGGUGUCUCUCUUCACAGAGGAAACCUUGGCCGUGAUUGACAGCGGCGCCGUUUUCGCCUCUUCCUUUGCUGUUGACAAGUAAUAAUGAAGCUUUGUCAGUCCAUCAUGGACAUGGAUAUGCCUGACUAUGUGGACUCCUUGGAUUCCUCUUAUACCAUGCUGGAAUUCGAAAACCUGCGGGUGCUUCCGAAUAACACUGAGACCAUUGCAGCUGAGUCAACCAACAGCAACCUGCUCACCAACGGCAUCAGCUCCCUCUGCUCCAUAUGUGGGGACCGGGCAACCGGCAAGCACUACGGCGCGUCCAGCUGUGACGGCUGCAAGGGCUUCUUCAGGAGGAGCGUCCGCAAGAACCACGUCUACUCCUGCAGGUUCAGCCGCCAGUGCGUGAUAGACAAAGACAAGAGGAACCAGUGUCGAUACUGCAGGCUGAAGAAAUGUUUCAGGGCCGGCAUGAAGAAAGAAGCGGUGCAGAACGAGCGCGACCGCAUCAGCAUUCGCCGGAGCAGCUACGAGGACAACGGCUCCCUCUCCAUCCACGUGCUCACCCAGGCCGAAGCCAUGGCACAGCAGUACUCGUCGCCGGGCCCCGCGCACAGCGCCGACAUYGCCAUGAAGAAGGUGGCCACCAUCAACGACGUGUGCGAGUCCAUGAAGCAGCAGCUGCUGGUGCUGGUGGAGUGGGCGAAAUACAUCCCGGCCUUCUGCGAGCUGCCGCUCGACGACCAGGUCGCCUURCUCAGAGCCCAUGCAGGGGAACAUCUCCUCCUUGGAGUAGCCAAGCGCUCGAUACCAUAUACUGAUUUUCUACUACUAGGCAACGACUUCAUCAUCCCAAUGCACUGCCCGGAGCUGGAGAUCGCCCGUGUGGCCACCAGGAUCUUGGACGAGUUGGUGAAGCCCUUGAGGGACAUCCAGAUAGACGACAACGAGUACGCUUGCCUUAAAGCCAUCAUCUUCUUCGAUCCAGACUGCAAAGGCCUGAGUGAGCCUGGGAAGGUGAAGAACAUGCGAUUCCAGGUCCAAGUCAACCUGGAGGACUACAUCAACGAUCGCCAGUACGACUCCCGAGGCCGCUUCAGCGACAUCCUCCUCCUCCUGCCACCGCUUCAGAGCAUCACCUGGCAGAUGAUAGAGCAGGUUCAGUUCGUGAAGCUCUUUGGAGUGGCGCGGAUUGACAGCUUGCUGCAGGAAAUGCUGCUGGGAGGAACUACCAUCGAUCUCCAGUACCAGUCAGGACCUCCCAGCCUCAGCCUGGACCCUCUGCCAGGACACGUCCUGCCAAGCAGCAUGAGCUCUGUGAUUCACCCUGUUCCAGACCCGUCUCCCGAGGCAUCCCUUCCAUCCCCGUCCACGAGCACAGGCAGCGAAGACUACAAGUUGGGCCCCAGCACGGGCGCUGCCGCCGUGGCGCAGAUCUUGCCGCAGACAGUUAUCCCGAAGCAGGAAAUCCUAUAGGCGGAGCUGGGAGGAGGAGCUGGAAACCUCGCUGGGAAUGAAACGGGCCCUUUCCCUUGGCAGAGCACAGCAACCCCCUGCUUGCAAGCGGAUCGGUCGCUCGUGCUCUUUGCUGCCCGCGAGUAACGCGGCGUCGCGCUGCGCUCACGACACCAGUGAUCGGGAUUGGGAUUCAAACGCUCUUCAGCAGGAGCGGGAUGGCCAACUCUUUGGAGCAGGGCUUGUGAUUGCAUUUGUUAUCACCUAGCACCAGGUGAUCGGAACCUUUUCUUAAAGCCUUCAGCCGCCACUGUCAUAAAAAGGAAUUCCUUACGUAGCUGCGGUUAAUUGUUAAUGAGGACGRCACACCUGGAAUUGUCAGCUUGGGAAGGUCUGUUCCCAUUAAAAGUUGAGUUACACUCCCGUUACUUCUGCUGUAGUUUAAAGAAUAUCUCCAUGACCCCCAGCAGGCCAAGCCUCCCCCAUUCCACAUAGUCUUGGCUUAAUCUACUCAGAGCAGCUCAUGCUUAAUGCUGCUGAAUUACGCCCGUAGUAGCUAGAGUUCAUCCAUGAGUCAAAUUAGCUGGGGUCAGUUGGUAAAUGUAAUUAAAAAAAAYAUAAUUAGAAGUAGUCUCCAAAACCUGUUGACUUACCCAAUAAACCCUUGGUACCGUAUACCAUUUUUUACUGCAAUUAUACAUGGAAAAGCAAUCAAACUGAAGAAAAUGCUACAAAACUGGUGAGGUGACCAACAGUUAACCAAGCUAUGGCUACAUACAACUCAAAAUACUUAUAGAACCUCAAAAAUUUCCAAGAGCACUCGCCGUGGUGGUGUUUAAACGGAUCCGCACCGUUCCAAAGCAGACUGCUGUACUCCUCCAAAGUUCCUGGCUGGAAAAGCGGUUCCCAUGGCCUCCAUGGCAAAGUUCUCGAGGUKCCACCGGUGGCCUCGCACCAAGCAGCACCACACGCAGGAGAGCUCCGGUCUGUCACAUCACGGGUCAGUCCAGGUGCAUCCCUCUUCRUGGCAAAAAUGGGAGGACAGUUCCCGGCUCCGAGUUGUGCUUGUUGCCCUAAUGCUUGUAAAGCACUUAAAGGUCCUCUGAUAGAGGACACGGUGGAAAUGCAAUCCUGACYGAGAGAGGAGGCUGAAGAGCAUCCAAACCUUCAAACGGGGAAGGCUUUGUACUCGUGUUGUCUUUCAAGGGCUAGGGAGGCAUUUCAGAGUUCUCAUUCUGCAGCACAGAGGUUGGAAAAUCAUUCAAGACAAGAUAUGCACGGGUUGAAUUUCACCUAGGAUCACAGUGUUUUAUUUUUCUACUGCCUAUGAUGAAUUUGAUCUGAUAUUAAAUGCUGAUAGCUUUGAUUUAAGCCGGUAUUUCUGGAAAACAGGUUCAAUGCAAACAUUCCUGCUGCGUGAAAGAUGCAUCCGUACGUAUGCACCGUUGCUUCCAGUUCCUCCAUCCUGUAGAUUAGUUUUCUA